AUGAACUGGCUAUGGUCUCGCCUCAACCCGCGGUCGAAGUGGCAUGAAGAAAAAAGCGUGCGGCGAGCCAGGACACAAAAGCGCAGGAAGCAGCAACUCCAGCAGGAGCAAGAGGAAAUAGACCGGCAGCAAAUGCCGACUUGGCCCCAUGAUCAAUUAACGAUAGAAAUCGGUCCGGCGUUGCAGGGAAAUGGCUCCUUCUUUUCAUUGGCCUCUGAAAUUCGCCAUCUCAUCCUACGGGAAGCCUUCGGUGACCAAACAGUUCACCUGGAUCUGGAUUUUCGGCAUCCGUUCAAGACUUUAUCCUCCAACAAGGAGGAAUUGGAGCUAAAACGAAUCCAAUAUCCUAAUUUCAUGCAUGCAAAUAUCUCUGCCAAUAUUCUUGGACCCCCAUACGAUCGAUCAGUGCCUAAAAGUUGGUUGUGGUUCAGCUGCGUAUGCCAUCGAUGCCACCCGAGCGAUCAGCUGUCUUAUGGAAGAAAAGCAAACACUUCCACUCCAGAUGCAUACGAACCACGGUGUGACAAUUGUCUUCGAGCCGGUGGUCUCUGCAGAGAAUAUCCAGGAGAAUGGCCAUCCAAGUGCUUCAUCGGUAUCUCAGGCUGGCUACUGACUUGCAGGCAGGCAUAUCGCGAAGGCAUCGAGGUCCUUUACGGCACGAAUACAAUCCAUAUCCAAUCGCCAUCUCUGAUCUGUGGCAUCGAGGAUCUCCUAUCACCCAAUAUCCUGUCCAUGAUGACUUCACUAGAGCUUGUCUGGAGCCUGGAGGAUAUCGGACCCGACGAAGCAUUUAUUCGGCGUUCUUUACCAGAUGCUUCUACCACUGAUGACCCUCAACAAUCCCAUGUGAUUUUUCCGUCCCUUCGACAUCUUCGAAUUGGCUUUAAACCUCUGCUAUGGUCCGACAAAGCCUUUGGCGGCCGGAUAGGCUGGGGUGCCACCGACACCGAGAGGAAGGACGCAGAGGAAAGGAUCCACGAUUACUUUCUCCCAAGACUAGACCAACUGCUGGAGAGAAUUGCACCGCCCGCUGCAGAAGUCGUUGUUUCCUGGGAUAGCUGGCUCUGGUACUCGCGGACUGAUCUCAAGCUCCUCGAGGUCCAAGGUAGGGAAAAGACGCAGAUGCAUCAGCCGGAAAUUGGAGGUCUGGCGUGCUGGAGAGCCAUUCCCGCGCUGAGUGGCACGGAGUCAAGUCCGGCGGAAGGGAGUGUACCGGGGAGGUUAAAGAGGGAUGGAUACUGGAUACAUGUUGCUGAUGCACAGCUGAGUAACCGUUACCACAAUUUCAAAGAUUGGCACCGGCAUGAGCUAUAUGGCUUGAUAGCAUAG